UCAGCUGACCACAUUCUAUUAUUUUCAUGCUUUUCACUUGUCAACACCCUUUCCUGCACAGACAGCUAUGCCGUUUCAAACACCUUUUUAUUGGAUCUGGUCAUAAUCAGAUUGCUCAUUUGAACUUUCAAAUUCCUGCUCGCGUUUCGGACUUUUUUGGGGUCUGUUUAUAGUGCCAAAAUAAGGCUUUCUUUCGAUUCUGAUAGCUCCUUCUUAAGUUAUUCUUUUUUCGUGUUCAUUUGUAUCGAUUCUUUUGUGGGUUUUGGUCUUUCUGCUCUUUGAUUCCUUAUUUUGGCUUUAUAAUCGAAGAUAAAUUCUGGGUUUGUUUGGUUGAUUUAAGCACUGAUUCCAAGUUUCAGCUUUUUGUGCACAAAUUUUAUCCGGGCUUGGAGAAAUUGUAUUUAGGUGAUCGAUAGUUUUGGGAUUCAGCUUUACAGAAACCAAUACUGGGUGCGAGUCGAAUGUUCCAAGUUUGAAGCUCUUCUGCAGCUUUUUUUUAUUGUGACGAUGGUUUGGCUUCUGUAAGGGGUUUAGCCAAUCGUGAAAUGCGAAGAUUAGUGUGUGCUGACAAUGGUGAUUCGACAACAAAUGAUUCGCGUUCGUUCAAGUUAUUGCAUGUUCUUGGUGAUUUUGAUUUGUGCAUCUUCGGUAGGGAGCUUGGAAAACAGAAAGAGGACAGAGGAUGUGUCCCUGAGCCAACUUGUUGAUCAAGUGACCGGGAAGGUUGAUGAGGGCAUGGCAGAGCUAUUAUGGAUCAGUUGCAGGCUAGAUUUGCUCUGUUUGAAGGAAGCUAAAAAGGAUCUCAACUUCUGUUUUCCGGAGGAGACAUCUGAUAUGGCUAGUGGAAGUAAUUCAGAUGGUAGGUUGCUGACAAAAAGACGUUUAUGGAAAAUGAUUAAAGUCCAGAACCCCCAGUUAAAGCAUACUCUUCUAGAUUGUAUGAGAAAGAACAAUAUUAUGUUACAUGUUUCUGGGCAAAGUGGCUCUAGUUUUCAGCGUACCAGGUAUCUUGACUCCAUACUUCCUAUGCCCACUGUUCCAAAAAGAAAUUUGCUCCAGAGCAUUGCAGACGUACCAGCCUCUGCCCCUGUCCCUGCUGAUGGAUCGCCUUUUUUAAGUCCAGUGCCUUCUCCUGAUCUGUCACCAUCUCCAGCUUCCGCUCCAUCCCCAGUUCCCACUUCAUCUCCAGUUUCUGCGCCACCUCCACGAAGGCCAUUUUUUCCUCAACCAGGUGACAGAUCACCACCUUUGCUACCUCCAUUUGCAGAAGAUGGUUCUGCAGCUUCAGCUUCUGGUCCAAGUGUUGAGCCAGGUAGUCACAGACGUAACCGUAAAGCAAUUAUUAUUGCUGUGGCUGUGACAGCGGCAGUGACUUUUGUGUUUGCAGCAUUGUUCUUUUUUUGCUGUACUAAGAUUUGUCAAAAACACUCUAGAGGUAGACGAAAUGAUGAAAAACCUCUUCUUGGCGUGAGCUUAACUGACUACUCUACUGGUUCUCCUCGCAAUCACAAGUCUUUUGGUUUAGUAAAUACUAAUAAUGAAGAGAAGGCUGAUCAUCAAUCUAUUAAUAAGAACUCAAGUCAUCAGAGAAAGGACUCAUCUUUGGAUAACGUCAUGUCUGAUUCUCUCCAUGCCUCGUCUGAUGAAAUUGCAUUAUCUGCUGAAUCAUUCAGCAAAUAUAGUAAUACAAUUGCACAGGUACCUUCUCCCGGAAGGGUGGAUAAUUUGCUUCCUUUGAAGCCUCCUCCUGGAAGAGCAGUUCCCCUUCCUCCUGAACCACCUGCUUCUCUCAGACCGCCUACUAGAAAGGCUGAUCCCCCACCUCCUCCUCCUCCUCCUCCCCCUUGUGCAUCGCCGCUGCCGCCCCCAAAAGCUUCUGGUAGCAUGGGUCCUGGUCCUCCUGGACCACCUCCUCCACCACCUAUGGCUCCUGGUGCCAAACCUCGUCCAUCUCCACCACCACCACCACCUCCAAAGGCUGGUCCAGCUCCUCCUCAGCCACCUCCACCAUUGCCCAUGGGUUCAAAGGUUCCUCGUCCACCUACUGGAUUGAAGCAUCCUCCUAAUGCAGCAACAGGUGAAGGGGAUGGUGCAGAUGGUGAGGCCAACACUUCUAAAGCCAAGCUGAAGCCAUUUUUCUGGGAUAAAGUUCUAGCCAAUCCUGAUCAUUCAAUGGUUUGGCAUCAGAUUAAAUCAGGAUCAUUCCAGUUCAAUGAGGAGAUGAUAGAAACACUGUUUGGAUAUGCACCUGCUGACAGAAACAAAACUGGUCACAAGAAAGAUUCUUCCUCCCAAGAUCCUACAUCUCAUUUUAUUCAGAUCCUUGAUACCAAAAAGGCGCAAAACUUAGCAAUUCUUCUGAGGGCAUUGAAUGUUACAACAGAAGAAGUCUGUGAUGCACUUCAUGAAGGAAACGAGCUUCCCGUAGAACUCCUUCAGACUUUGUUGAAAAUGGCACCUACUGCAGAUGAAGAACUGAAGCUUAGGUUGUACACUGGUGAACUUUCUGAACUAGGGAAUGCUGAACGGUUUCUGAAAGCGUUGGUUGACAUUCCAUUUGCUUAUAAACGAUUGGAAGCACUGCUUUUCAUGUGUACUCUACGGGAAGAUGUUGGCACUACUAAGGAAUCCUUUGAGACCUUAGAGAUUGCUUGCAAGGAACUCAGAAACAGCAGAUUGUUCCUCAAGCUUCUAGAAGCUGUUCUUAAAACUGGUAACCGCAUGAAUGAUGGAACAUACCGCGGCGGUGCUCAAGCAUUUAAACUUGACACACUUUUGAAAUUAUCUGAUGUGAGGGGAAAAGAUGGUAAGACCACACUGUUGCACUUUGUUGUUCAGGAGAUAAUCCGUUCUGAAGGUGCAAAAGUUGCCCGUGCAGCAAGGGAGAGUCAAACAUUAUCUAACAUCAGUGUGAAAACUGAUGAUCUCCAUGGGGGUAUUACCCCUGAUACAGAACAUGACUAUGGCAAACUUGGUCUGCAGGUGGUUUCUCGUUUGAGCAGUGAACUAGAAAAUGUCAAGAAAGCAGCAAAUUUUGAUUCUGAUAGCUUAACAGGAACUGUUGCCAAACUUGGCUUUUCACUGUUAGGAACCCAAGAAUUCCUGACCAAGGACAUGAAUAGUUUAGGAGAAGAAAGUAAGUUCCAUGAAACAUUAAAAAGUUUUGUGCAGAAUGCUGAGGUUGACGUAAUGUGGUUACUGGAGGAAGAGAAGAGAAUUAUGGCUCUGGUGAAGAGCACUGGUGAUUACUUCCAUGGCAAAGCAGGAAAGGAUGAAGGCUUACGUCUGUUUGUUAUUGUGCGAGACUUCCUGAUCAUCUUAGAUAAGGUGUGCAAACAGGUGGAAGAGGCACAAAAGAAGGCAGAAAGAUCACAGAAAAAAGAGUCAUCAGGUGCACCAUCUCACUCCUCAUCCAACCAACAACUUUCUCCUGAUUUUCGUCCCCGGCUAUUUCCAGCAAUUCCAGAGCAAGAUUUUGAAACUUCUAGUUCAGAUGGUGAGACUGAAUAGUUUCCAUUUGGAAUGGGACGCUUAUAGGAUGAAAACUAUAUUCCAUAGAUGUCUUCUACAAGGGUAUUUAGUGGAGCAAACAUCACAAUCACUUUGACCAGAUUCCAUGUGGUUAGGAUUCUCAUUCAUCUGGUUUUAUGAAUCAGGCUGAAGAAUCAAAGAAGGUAAUGUCCCAAGGCAACUCAGAAUCUAUUGACAGAAGAGGAAAGGAAGAGGUACCAACCAAUCCCAGUGGGAGGAUCAUCUAAGGAACUAUAGGGAAAUAGCAGUCUGUUGGUUGUUAAAUAGGAGUAACGUCAGUUUUGUUAUAGGAGAUAGAUGAUAGAGAUAGUGUUGGUUAAAUUUCUGUUGGGAAGGAAGCAGAGUGGAAUAUAAAUGGGGUAUUAAUGGGUGGAGAGCAGAGAAGUGGGUCCUGCAGAAUUGGUUCAUGUCUACAUUCUGUUCCUUAACAAUUUGAUUUUGUUUGAUCGUGCUGAUGUCUCGAUGUGAAUUGCUUAGCAUUUGCUUUCAUUCAAGAAAGUAAAAGAAUUUCUCCAUUUCUUUUCAUUUGAAUUCUGUAUAUCAGCUAACUUGUGCAUUACCAUCUAGACGCAAAUGCAUUUUCAUUUUAUUUGA